AUGACCACCACCUAUACCGCGGCGGCGAAUACGACGAGAGCGUUUUGUUCUUCUUUUUCAUCUUCUUCGAGAAAAAGAAGCAAAAGCAUCGGCAGAAGCGAUGAAAAGAACUUUCAUCGCAAUCAUCAUCCGUGCGGGAAUACGCGAGAGCGGAUUACAAGACGAGCGUCCUCCUCCGCCUCUCUUUCGAGCAAAAACUCUGAGAAAAGCGAGAGGAAAAGGAGGAGGAGGGAGAGUUUUCGCGGUUUUACGACGACCGCGUUUGCCACGAAGGAGGGAAAGUUUUUGAGCAGCAGCGAGAGGGAUGAUGCUGCGGCGACGAGCCAUCGUGAGCGAGAUGACGUCUUGGGAGUAUUUAACAAAAAAAAUGUUGGUAAACCACCAUUUAAUGUAGCCCUGAUGGUGAUGGUCGCAGCGACUGCGUUUGGAGCAUUCGUGGUAGGAGGACAAGACGUGGCGUGGGCUGAAAUGGGAGACGUCGCCGCCGCGGUAGCUGAGGAGGAUCUAGAAUCCACCGGUGGAGGUUUCGCGCAAGCGUUCCUUUUGAUUCUCUUGUCCGAGCUCGGCGAUAAGACGUUUUUUAUCUCGCUCUUGCUCGCGUUGAAAGAGAAGAAAUCGAGCGUGUUUUUAGGGACGUUUGGCGCGUUAGCGGUGAUGACGGGGUUAUCCGUGUGCAUUGGGCAGUUUUUUCACGUCGCGGAAGGGUCGUUGGGUUUGAGCGAAUCCGCCAUUCCGUUCGACGAUAUCUUGGCGGUGCUUUUGUUGUUGUAUUUUGGGAUCAACACGAUUAAAGGCGCGGAAGACGCCGACGACGUCGCGGAGGAAGAGAAAGAGGAAGCGAAAGUGGAGAUUGGGAAAAUGCAGUUUAGCGGAGAUCAGGCGUUGAUUCUGAGCACGUUCGCGUUGGUUUUUGCCGCCGAGUGGGGGGAUAAGAGUUUCUUCGCGACCAUCGCGUUGUCGGCGGCGCAAGAUCCGACGCAAGUAUUUUUAGGAGGUACGGCUGGGCACGGCGUAGCGACCGGGUUAGCGGUUUUGACCGGGGAUUUGAUUGGUGACUAUUUGAGCGAAAAAGUCGUGGCGUACGCCGGAGGCGCGUUGUUCAUAUCCUUCGCCGUGGGGACUUUGUUUGAGAUUUUUGAAAAGUUGAGUUGA